CGUUAACCAAGGGAAGGUCGUGGGGCCGCGCUCCGCUUAAAGCGGUUGUGCCCCACUCGGGCGGGUGGUUGCUGCGCGGCUCGGGUGUUAAGCGGCAUCGCGGCUCCUGAGUCGUUAGCAGCAAGUGCUCAGGUUUGGCUCCUUGGGCCCCCUACGUUUCUUAGGAAGCGGUCGGUGCUGAUGUGGCCGAGGUGCUGGCGGCGCGUCUGCUGGGGCGCCGGCAAAAGGCGCCAGCAGUGCGUGAGGGGUUUUCUUGAGGGGAGCUUUGAGGAGUGAUUCUUUCGAGUGGGCGAGAUUUCGUUUAGUGAUGCGGUGGCUCUAUUACAGCCGUAACUGACAUUUCAGCAAGUGAAGGAUUUAACUUCUCUCAGUGAAAUAAUCCAAUUAACCUCAAACCAUCACAAUGUGAGAUAAGGGAAUUUGUAUCUGGAAUUGUAGAAUCACUUGGAUUGGAAAGGAUUUUGGGAUGUCACCAGCUCAAUCUCGUGCUCAAAGUGGGGUCAGUUCACACCAUGUCACUCAGAACUUUCUUUGUCAGGUGUUGAAAACUCCCAAGGAGGGACAACUAGUAGAUCCACAUUGUCUCCCACAGUGCUGGAGCUUGUGACAACCAGAAGCAGGAUGGGACUUCGACCCUGUUCUGACUUGGUGACGAGAGUGCCACCUACUGUGCCUGUGUCCCAGUUUUGCCACUGACCUGUAACUGAGUGGACCUUCCUGACCUCUGAACCACAGAGGAUAAGAGUGAAAAGAAGUGGGAGAAAUACACGAAGAAAAAGGAAGUGGAUGCACUUUCAUCUGGACUUCUUUCCUGCCUUUUAUUACUAAAACUGAAUGGAAGAGAGAGACUUCUGUGUGUUUCCUCCCCCAACCUCGGGGAUGGGUGGAUUGUAAAUAGGGAGUGUGCAGCUGGGAGAAUAGACUGAACCAUGAAUCUUCAGGCUCAGCAGAAGUCUUCAAUCAAAAGGACUGGGAAACGAGUUGCCUAUUUUAAUGACCAGGAAAUAGCUGUGUCAUCUAAAGAGCCACAGCAGCAGCUUAAGGAAGGACAGUACUAUGGUCCUGGUGGAAAUAUACCAGUCUCCCAAACGAUGGAGAUUUCUCAUGCAGCAGGACUGACAGGUGCUCCCAACAAUGUUGCUUUGAUGAACUCUGUUUACAGUCAAGAUAGGGGAGAAUCAGUGACGAUGUCCCAGACAGUAACAGCUGUCAAAUGGCAAAACUCAUUAAUGGGAAACCGGUUGCCAGAGAGGGGUGACAGUCACUGGCAGUCUCCACCUUCUGUGUGGAACCACAGUAUGGUUUUUGGUGGCAAUCCAAAAGGACCCCACUCCAACACUGGUGCACCGGGUUUCUAUGGCCACUCAGAAGCCCUUAAAAGAAAUCAAGAGAAAGGAGUGUUUGUGUCACAGCUGGACUUGUAUGGAGAUGCUGUCCAGCAAAUGAUGUCCCAGAAGGCUCAGUUAGAACAGCAGGCCCUGGUUAGACAGCAAGCUCAAAUGAAUUCUUUUCAUCAGAUGCAGAAGCAGCAGCAGCAGAAUCAAAGUCUGCCGUUACAGCCUUUCCAACUUGCAUUUGGUCACCAAGGCCAAAAGCAAGGUCUUCCUGAAUUGUUACAUGUCUUUCAAGAAGCCCCAACUUCUUCCAGUCAGUCAUUUACUGCUCAGCAAAAACAGCAAGCUCUUCCCCAGCUACAACUCUUUGAAAAUUUCUAUCCUCAGCAGCAGCAGCAACAGGCUGUCACACAAGCCUUCAGUUUGCAGCAAACUGCUUCUUCCAUAGCACAGCCUCAUGUGGCAGCUGCAGCACCUCAGCACCGUGUGAUGGCACACCAGUUUCAGCAAACAGAGAGGAACCAGGAACUAUUGAAGGCUCUAACAGAGCAGAACCAGCAGACUGUGCUACCUCAGACCCAAAUUCCCUUUCCAAGAAGGUCACGGAGACUUUCCAAAGAAGGUGUCCUUUUGACAUCUGCAGGAGAAGUGUUGGCUUCCAAGCAGACAGAAGAACAACCCAGCAAUUUAUUUCUGCAUCACUGGCAAACACAUCAGCAGGAGAUCCCGUUACAGCAGACACCUGAAUCAGUGGGCCACAGCAAAGGCAACUAUUUGCAGCCCAAGAGAAUUGAUCUGGGACAGAAGGAUGUCCUGGUCAAUAGUGAGCUGUGUCAGAUGGAAAUAGACAGGCAAGCCACAGCUCAGAAUGGUAGAGAUGAGGAGAAACAAGCAGCAGCAGCUGAAGAAAACGUUCAGAGAACUGAUUUUCAGGGUGUCAGAGGUGGUGUAAUCCAGAGUACACGACGGAGACGGCGUGGUUCUCAAGAAGCCAAUUUGCUGACUUUGGCCCAAAAAGCUGUUGAGCUGGCAUCUCUUCAGAAUGUGACAGAACUGGAUACUUCAGAAGAGAAAAAGAGUGUGAUGAUAGCAGCUUCAGGACCUACAGCUGCAAAAAGUGUUGUGGAAUUUGCCAGUUCCCCAUCAGCUCUCAAAAGAGCCCGAGAGGAUAACAGCCUUGUGCCUCUUAUUAUUCCGGUGUCUGUGCCAGUGAGAAAAAUUGACUUGCAGAGCCUUGGAAAGGAGAAAUCUGAGGAUGGAAAGCUCCAGAAAGGCCACACAAAUGAUCGAGCUCCUUGUGAACGCAAGCCUUCUGUGAUCGUUACUCGGAGGCGAUCUAACCGUAACAAUAACAUGGAAACCUCAAAUCAGCAUGAAGAUGCUGUUCCAAAGGAUGAAGCAGAGGGCUUCAUCCGAAAACCAAAGCAGCGGCCAAGACCUGAGCCACUCUUCAUACCACCAAAAGCUGGCACCUUUAUUGCACCACCCGUUUAUUCCAACAUUACUCCAUAUCAGAGCCACUUACGAUCACCUGUCCGUCUAGCAGAUAAUCCUUCAGACAGGAACUUUGAGCUACCUCCUUACACUCCUCCACCAAUUCUUAGUCCAGUGAGAGAAGGAUCUGGGCUAUAUUUUAAUGCUAUCCUCUCUUCAAGUGGUCAUCCAGUUGCUCCUCCACCAAUGACUCCUAAAAGUGCUCACAGAACUCUGCUUAGAUCAAAUAGUUCAGAAGUUACCCCUCCUGUUCUUGCAGUAGUGGGGGAAGCCACCCCAGUCAGCAUUGAGCCGCGAAUAAAUGUAGGAGCUCGUUUUCAAGCGGAAAUCCCAGCACUCCGAGACAGGUCUCUGGCAGCAGAUGAUGAACAUAAAGCAGAGCUGGUGUGGCAGCCAUGGGGCGAUUUGGAAACCAACAGAGUCACCCAAGUGAAUGUGGAAAACCUGCUAGCUGCUGCCUGCUCAAGCAUUUUUCCUGGGGCUGGAACCAACCAGGAGCUAGCACUACAUUUCUUACAUGAAGCAAAGGGAAGCAUUCUGGGAGCUUUGACUAAGUUGCUGCUGAAGAGGCCAGUACGAUCGCUUACCCACCCUUUGGCAGAUUAUCACUACACAGGAUCAGACAAGUGGAAAGUUGCUGAAAAAAAGCUUUUCAACAAAGGCAUUGCAAUCUACAAGAAAGACUUUUUCUUGGUUCAAAAGCUUAUAAAAACCAAAACUGUGGCUCAAUGUGUGGAAUUCUACUACACAUACAAGAAACAGGUGAAAAUUGGUCGGAAUGGGACCUUAAUCUUCGGAGACAUUGAUGUCACCAAUGAGAAAUCUGUGAGAGAUGAAGCUGAAGUUGACAUCAAGAGUUCCCAUAGGUUUGCACGUGUUCUUCCUCCCAGAAGGGACAUUUACAAUGAAGAACAGGAACAUAUGGAGGAAGAGGAAGAUGAGGAGGAAGAGGAAGCAGAGGAUGGGUUCGGUGACAGAAAGAGCACGGUUCCUCUCAAAGAUGAACGGACACUACAUGAUGAUGGAAUAGCCAGUGAUGCCAAUAUGAGUCAAGAGGCACCCAUCACAGGCAGGAUUGGGAGGAAGCCAAGGGAGACAACAGCAAAGCCUCGAAAGCCUGUUACUGCUCCAGUGCAGAGGAGGCGUCGGAAACAGAAGAUGAAGUCUGAUGCCACCAGUAAAACUCAGAACACAGAAAACACAUUUCCGUGUAAAAAAUGUGGCAGAGUGUUCUACAAGGUGAAGAGCCGUAGUGCUCACAUGAAAAGCCACGCAGAGCAGGAAAAGAAGGCAGCUGCUCUGAAGCAGCAAGAGAGAGCAGCAGCAGCCGCGGCAGCCCACAGCCAAACCCAGCAGGACGAGAGCAGCGAGAGUGAGAACAGCAGCAGUGAAAGCAGCAGUGCGAGCUCGGAUGAAGAAGAAGAGAUAUAGCAGCAGACCAGAAAUGGAGGCAGUGGCAAGGCUGAACCCAGUCUUCCUCUGAGUGGUCUCACACUUUUUGCUUGCACUUUUCUGAUCUAUCAGGUUUCAGUGCUGCCAUUUCCUAAUACCAUGUGUUCCACUUCACCUAGCCAGUACUGACCAAGCUGGAGUGGUGGAUGAAAAGAUUGUUUCAACUUGUAUUUAAAAAAAAGAAAACCAAGUAAGAUUUCUUUUCUAUUUAUAGUGAUACCUGAGGUACAUAAUAGAACAAUGUCACCUGCGAUGGAAGUAAGUUCUCUCUUAGGUCAGUCAGAGCUUUCUUUUUGUGCUUGUCAGGAAUUGUAGCAGGACUCUUGGAUAUAAAGAUUACCAGACUAGAACGAGAAAAUGAUGCUCUGCUCUGGGCUAAGUGUAUCCAAUUACUGUGACACUGGUGAUUUCCUUUUUCAGCAAGUUCUCUUUCCUGUCACACUUUCCUGCAUUUCUUAGUGUUUAUUCAGGCAGCCAAAAGUUUUGUGGAAAGGUGGUGUGCACUUCUUGCUUAACAAAAAGUGGGAUGAGCAGGACACUCUUUUCCCUUUUGAGGAAGUUCUGGCUUUCAAAACAAAUCCUGAAAUGGUUUCUUUUAUGCCAUUAAGAAUGCAGCAAAGGGUAUAAAAUAUCCUGGGGAUUCUAAUCCACAGGCCUUGUGGGUUGACUCUUCUUGGAAAACAAAGUAGUUUGCCUUUGAUUUAUUUAAUGGAAAGUAAUUUGGGCAUCACAAGUGCAAUUGGAAAUGAAAACUGCUGGUUUUGA